AUGAGUGCCGAUCAGAACCCUACCGAGAAAAUUCCUGCCUCGGCAGAGUACUUCUACCUAGGCGAACAUUCACGCACCAUCACCACGUCCAACCGCGAGGCGCAGAUCUGGUUCGACCGCGGGCUCAACUGGGCCUUUGGCUUCAACCAUGCCGAAGCCAGCCGCUGCUUCGAACAGGUGACGGUCCACGACCCCGACUGCGCCAUCGGCUACUGGGGAGUCGCCUAUGCCGGCGGCCCAAACUACAACAAGGUGUGGAAGGCAUUCGACCAGCAGGAUCUGGCUAUCUCUCUCCCGCGGUGCCGGGCAUUCGCCAGAAAAGCGCUGGACAAACGGCAUUUGGCCUCCGAGGCGGAACAGGCUCUGAUCGAUGCCAUCCAGGUUCGUUUCCCCGAGGGCCAGAAUCCAAGUGAUGCCGAGUUUCUGGCCUGCUCUGCUGCGUACGCCGAUGCCAUGCGCGAGGUCUUACGCAAGUCCGUGCGAGACGACCUGGAUAUCCUCGCUCUCGUGUCCGAUGCGCUCAUGAAUAUGGCGCCCUGGUCACUCUACGAAUCGCGCACCGGAAAGCCGAACCUCGCGACGCCUGUCCUCGAGAUUGAGAAGAUCUUAGACCGUGCGAUUUCCCUCCCUGGCGCCGACUCUCAUCCUGGCCUCCUCCACCUGUAUAUCCAUCUCAAGGAGAUGUCCAUGACUCCCGAGGCAGCUAUACCAGCCGCCGACAACCUGCGAAGGCUGGUGACUGACAGCGGACACCUGCAGCACAUGCCCAGUCACAUUGAUGUGCUGGUCGGGGAUUACAGAUCGGCCAUCGCAGCCAACGCCAGGGCCAUCCGAUACGAUGCAAAGUAUUACGAGAAGCAAGACUUCCCCUUCUAUCGUAUUUACCAGCUACACGAUCAUCAUUCUCUGAUAUACGCCGCCAUGCUUGCCGGUCGACGCGCCAUAGCCCUAGAUGCCACAGAUCGCAUGGAGGCGAUUCUGACAGAGGCUCUCCUCCGUACGACAUCGCCACCGAUGGCGGAGUGGUGCGAAAGCUUCAAUGCGGUCCGUGUCCAUGUCAUGAUUCGGUUUGGAAUGUGGGAGGAGAUCAAGACCCUCGCGCUCCCGACCGACCAGGAGCUUUACUGCGUGACCAUCGCCAACAUCCAUUACGGAAAGGCCAUCGCCUAUGCUGCUACUGAUGACCUGCCACACGCCGAAGAAGAGCGGGAUAAUUUCCACAAGGCGUUGGCCAAGGUGCCCAACACGCGGCUGUCGUUCCCCAACAGGGUGGUGGAUAUUCUCAAAGUCGCCCAUGCCAUGCUCGACGGAGAGAUGGAAUACAGACGCGGGAAUUUCGACCAGGCGUUCGCCCACCUACGGACAGCCGUCAAAUGCGACGACGCGUUGAACUACGGCGAGCCAUGGGGCUGGAUGCUCCCGACCCGUCACGCACUGGGUGCCUUGCUACUUGAAAAUGGGGAGGUUGAGGAGGCAGCCAGGGUCUAUGGGGAAGACCUGGCUCUCAUAGAGGGUCUCGCGUCUGCUCACCAGCAUCCGAAUAACGUCUGGGCGCUUCAUGGAUACCACGAGUGUCUGGUGCGUCUUGGGCGGACGGCGGAGGCCCAUAUCAUAGGUCAGGCCUUGAAGAUUGCCCUUGCUUCGGCGGAUAUCACCAUCACUUCGUCGUGUUUCUGCAGACUGGAACAGAACAAAUCAGAUAGCCAAUGCAAAUGCUAG